CCGCCGCCACAGGGACAACAACAAUCACCACCACAACAACAGCCACGGCAAGAGGACGGCGCGGGCUCGACGGGAUUCGGCGCGGUCCUGUGGUCGGUGCUGGACGACUGUUUCGGUGACGGCGACUCGGCCGAACCGGCCACAGUGUGCCUCAAGUCAAAAGCGCUAACGGCCCUUGACCGUGCACUCGGCAAGCCCGCGGUGACCGUCGCGGACGGCGUGACCCUGACCGCUAGGGCUGGCAAGUCGUUGGCCGUCGAUCCACAAGCCGACCGGGCCGACCACGCCGCCCUGGACGCCGCGCCGGACGCCGACAGCAAGAACGCUCUGCUGGACGACAUGCUGGCCAACCGCAUGGACAGACUCAUGUCAACCAGGACCAUCGUGCUGGAUGGGGCCGGCCAAGAAGGUGAGCGCCGUAUAGAUUAACUCAAUAACCGUAUACACGGUAUCGCUGCGAUAAUACAGAGGUGCUUACGUCUUUUUGGCGAUACGUUUCGGCCACAGCGACCGCACCCCCUC